ACUCCCUGUUGAGCCCCACCUCCCACGAGGAACCAGCCCACCCACUGCCCAUAUGCACGCCAGACAUUUAGACAGCCAGUGAGAGAAGAGAACCUCGGUGGGUUUGAAGAGCUAUAGACAGUCACCCACUUCCAGAUCCACGGUGGUUCAGAAGGGCUUGGCUCACUCAUUGACUAGCUAUAGAUUGACAGUGACAGAGUCUAGAGGAGGAAAGAGGCCAGAAGAGAAGAAGACGAGCUUUUAAGUGAUUGUGAGUGUGUGUGUGUGUGUGUGUGUGUGUGUGUGUGUGUGUGUGUGUGUGUGUGUGUGUGUGUGUGUGUGUGUGUGUGUGCGUGCGUGUGCAUCAUGGCAUCAGGAGGCCAUGGGAUGAGGGGUAGAGGAGAACCCCUCCACGCACCCCACCUCUCAGACAUCUAUGCCAACAGUGCUAUCCAGCAGCAGGACUAUUCUGCAACCAUCUGGCUCCGCAGCAAAGAGAAGCUGGAACAUUCUCAGCAGAAAUGCAUAGCCAUAUUUGCUCUGCUGUGCUGCUUCGCUGUGCUGGUGGCUCUCACCUUCUCCGCUGUAGACGUCUGGGGGGAGGACGAGGACGGAAUCACAGAAGAGAACUGUAACAGACACUGUCGCAUUGUCCUUGUGGAGAACAUUCCGGAGGACCUCCACCUUUCCGUAGAUGGUACAACCCACGUUCCCCUCUCCACAGGCCUCAACAGCCUGUUGGACCAGGCCAAGCACUCAGUGGAGGUGGUAUCUCCCGUCUGGAACCUCAACUCAUGGGACCAAGAGACAUGGCCCAACUCUGACACAGAGGGCCAGCUUCUGUUCCAGAGACUGCUCAACCUCAAGACUCGGGAGGUUAAAUUGAAGAUUGCCAGCAGUCUCACAGACUCUGCUGAACUGCAGAAACUAACAGAGCAUGGUGCCGAGGUUCGCUUUGUGAAUAUGUCAGCUCUGACCAGAGGCGGACUGCACUCCAAUUUCUGGGUUGUUGAUCGGAAGCAUGUGUUCAUUGGCAGUGCCAGCAUGGACUGGCGAUCACUGUCCAAGAGGAAGGAGUUGGGGGUGCUGGUUUAUAACUGCAGCUGUCUGGCUAUAGACCUCCAUAGGGUCUUCUCCUUUUACUGGCAGCUCCAGAACAGAGACUACGUCCCUUCUAUCUGGUCUAAGAGAGUCACGGCCCUCUACGGCAAGGACAGCCCCGUAACGCUGUACCUCAAUGAUACAGAGGUUACCGCUUAUGUGUCGACCUCUCCUGACCUCUUCUGUCCAAAGGAUCGGGCCAAGGACAUAGAUGUCAUACAGCAUGUGAUGCAGGAGGCCAAGUUGUUCAUCUACAUCUCUGUCACAGACUACCUUCCCCUACUCACCAGAAGGUCUGGAGGGUCUUUAGUUUCAAGAUACUGGUCUCCUAUCGAUGAGAUGAUACGUGAGUCUGUGGUCCUGCGAGGGGUCAAAGUUCGCAUGCUCAUCAGUUUCUGGAAGCAGACCCACCCGCUCACCUUCAACUUCAUUAUGUCCCUCAAGUCACUGUGCAUGGAGCUGGCCAACUGCUCCCUAGAAGUGAAGUUCUUUAGCAGGAGGGAGCAGAUGGCUAAUAGUCAACCAGGAGUCAACCACAAUAAGUACAUGGUGACCGACAGUGCUGUGUACAUAGGUAAUCAUGACUGGGUGGGGAGUGAGUUUGUCUAUAACGCUGGGACCGGACUCGUCAUCAAACCAACACAAACUCUCAAGGAGAGGGGCGCCACAAUCCUGGAACAGGUGAAGGCUGUAUUCGAGAGAGACUGGCAUUCGCGCUACGCUAAAACCCUACAGGCCAGUAACAGGACUCCAGAGGGUAGCAAAUACAGGAACCUCCACAACAACCAGAGGUCAAGAGUCUGACGGAUAACAAGGAGGGCAAAGAGACCUGGAAUGAGUCUAACGACCCCUAUUAAUAAACUAUCAGCACAACUUUCCCUUUAACUUGUCAUGAAACAAGGGUGUAUUCACUAGGAACUAAACGGACGCAAGAUGCACAAAUCUGGUUAUGUGGACCGUUAUAUGCACGAUUAUACGCAUGAGCGGCAUGGAGGUCGAACAUAAACGACUAUUCUAAUGGUGUCAUUUCUUUCAGGACCUCUACAUUUACACACACUGAAGUAUAUAUGCAUUUUGUAUUGUCUGAUUAUGCAUUCAGUUUGACAAGAAUACCUCAGUAUUUUAACCUUUUCUAAUAAUCUAUAUAACCACUAAAAAAAUCAUAGUAAACAUAAAAUGCUUUGCCUUAAUUAUAUUUCACAUGCUUACAUGGAGACGACCUCUCUUUCUAGACUUAUUGUCAUAUAAACAAAUUACAAUAUAACUGGUAGGAUGUUACCUGUGUGCAAUUGCAUGGCAUGCCUUUUGGGGGAACUGCCAAAAUGACCCUCCCCCUUCUCAGUACACACACACGCUCAAGGACAAGAGGAUAAUUUAACCUAAAGCAGAAGAUUAUCAUUAUACAGAAGCCAGUAGGCCUAUGUAAGUAGGAAUGAUUCAUUAAAAUACAUGGAAUGUACAUUAUAUUUAUGAUACAUUUAUGAUACAGUUUCGCCUUGUUGAUCCAUAAUAUAAUGUGAACUUAUUUUAUACUUGACUGUAAUAAAAACGAUACCUCGUCCUUAUUUCCACUGUUCUGAAACAAUUCCAACUGGAAAUAGCAGAAAACAAAGGAUAUAAUGGCCACCACUUCGGCCUAGUAAAGGGGAAAAGUGUAGGAAAAUUAACCAUGGGGCUUACUUUUCCCAUCAGGGCUGUAUUUUUAUGGGGGGGGGGGGGGGACAGUUAACUUCAUGCCUAAAAUCUACGUUUUAUAAUGCUAUUCUACACAUUUUGUCAUGAGGCUAUGAGAAAAUGUUGCAGUUUUAAAGCAAAUUGUCUACUAUUUACACAUUUUGCCAUGAGGCUGAGAGAGAAUUUAGCUGUUUUAAAGAUAAUUUCCUGCAAUUCUACAGAUUUUGCUGUUAUACGCUAUAUGGGGGCACCCCGACCUCCAAGUUGUGUAAUAAUAAUUUGAUUAGCGGUCCCCUGGAGGUCGGGGGGCCAGUGCACGUGCCUUGCGUUCGUGCCGGGCACCACAUGAAGCAACAUCAGGCGUGUGGUAGUACUUAUUUUGAACACAUGAUGGUGCUAUAGUAUUAUAUUAGAUAUCAAAUGGCUCUGGGUUGACACUGUGUAAAUGGAUUCAAUGAGAGAUGAGGAUUACUUUUUCAUGUUCAGUUAGUUGUAUGUUCACCGCAAAGUUUAUAUCAACCUUUUUAGUAAGUUUUAUUAUAGACUAAUCAUGUUGAAAUUACAGCCUAGGCUUACUCGUGUUGUAAAUUGUUAUAAACAUGUAAUGGGGCCUAUCGUUUGAUAGUUUUUUUGUUUGGAUUUGGAUUGCAGUUUAUGUAUCUCCUCAACUUGUAUUAUACCAUGUUUUGCUCGUUUUCUGUCCAAAUUGUAUUUUGUUA